AUGGGCCAAGGCGACGACAGCGACCGCAUCGUGAUCAACGUGGGCGGGACGCGGCACCAGACGUACCGCAGCACCCUGCGCACCCUGCCCGGGACCCGGCUCGCUUGGCUGGCCGAGCCCGAUGCCCACAGCCACUUUGACUAUGACCCGCGCUCAGACGAGUUCUUCUUUGACCGGCACCCGGGCGUAUUUGCGCAUAUCUUGAACUACUACCGGACCGGCAAGCUGCACUGUCCAGCAGACGUGUGCGGACCCUUGUACGAGGAAGAACUGGCCUUCUGGGGCAUCGACGAGACAGACGUGGAGCCCUGUUGCUGGAUGACCUAUAGGCAGCACCGGGACGCCGAAGAAGCUCUAGAUAGCUUUGGUGGCGCGCCUCUGGAAAACAGCGCUGAGGACGCAGAUGGAGAUGGCGCGGGUGACUCGGGAGACGGGGAGGACGAGCUGGAGAUGACCAAGGGCCUGGCGCUCAGUGACUCACCCGACGGCCGCUCGGGAGGCUUCUGGCGCCGUUGGCAGCCGCGGAUCUGGGCGCUCUUUGAGGACCCCUACUCAUCCCGCUACGCGCGGUAUGUGGCUUUUGCCUCCCUCUUCUUCAUUCUGGUCUCCAUCACCACCUUCUGCCUGGAGACCCACGAGAGGUUUAAUCCCAUCGUGAACAAAACGGAGAUUGAAGUCAUUAGGAAUGGUACCCAGGUGCGCUACUACCGGGAGGCAGAGACCGAGGCCUUCCUGACCUACAUCGAAGGGGUCUGCGUGGUCUGGUUUACUUUUGAGUUCCUCAUGCGGAUUGUCUUCUGCCCCAACAAGGUGGAGUUUAUUAAGAAUUCGCUGAACAUCAUCGACUUUGUGGCCAUCCUGCCUUUCUACCUGGAGGUCGGACUCAGUGGCCUGUCUUCCAAAGCCGCCAAGGAUGUCUUGGGCUUUUUGAGAGUGGUCCGGUUCGUGCGUAUCCUGAGAAUUUUCAAGUUGACCCGCCAUUUCGUAGGCUUGCGGGUCUUAGGGCACACCCUCCGUGCCAGCACCAAUGAAUUCUUGCUGCUCAUCAUUUUCCUGGCCUUGGGCGUCUUAAUCUUUGCCACAAUGAUCUACUAUGCUGAGAGGAUAGGUGCUCAACCCAAUGACCCCAGCGCCAGCGAGCACACGCACUUUAAGAACAUCCCUAUCGGCUUCUGGUGGGCGGUGGUCACCAUGACGACACUGGGCUACGGAGACAUGUACCCCCAGACGUGGUCAGGCAUGCUAGUGGGGGCGCUGUGUGCGCUCGCAGGGGUGCUGACCAUCGCCAUGCCCGUGCCUGUCAUCGUGAACAAUUUCGGAAUGUACUAUUCCUUAGCUAUGGCUAAGCAGAAGCUACCAAAGAAAAAAAAGAAACACAUUCCGAGACCGCCGCAGCUGGGAUCCCCCAAUUAUUGUAAAUCUGUCGUAAACUCUCCACACCACAGUACUCAGAGUGACACAUGCCCGCUGGCCCAGGAAGAGAUUUUAGAAAUUAACAGAGCAGAUUCCAAACUGAACGGGGAGGUGGCCAAUGCCGCGCUGGCGAACGAAGACUGCCCCCACAUAGACCAGGCCCUCACGCCCGAUGAGGGCCUGCCCUUUACCCGCUCGGGCACCCGCGAGAGAUACGGACCCUGCUUCCUCUUAUCAACCGGGGAGUACCCGUGCCCGCCUGGUGGAGGAAUGAGAAAGGAUCUUUGCAAAGAAAGCCCUGUCAUUGCUAAGUAUAUGUCAACAGAGGCAGUGAGAGUGACUUGACAAGGCCAGAGGACCGAGGACACUGGUGGCUAAAAAAAACAUCUGGGUGGAUCUGCAGCCCCUCCUCACCCUUGGACAGAGUCAAUCCCGCCACGCAGGUUUGCAGGAUGAGUCCGCGUGGUUUUUUGGGCCUUAUUCUAGGAUGGACAUAGGCUUUCUCUGCAACCCAAUGGUAACAAACUGUAGAAGAUUUUUUUCCUUUCUUUUUUUUGUUUUUUUUUGUUUUUAUUUUUGGGUGGGGGGGAGGGAGGGUUUCCUUAGCAUGACUUGCAUGAAGUAACCAGAAAAACAGACAAACCACAACCUACAAUUGUAUGAUUCAUGUAGAAACAAAAAAAAAUCAGAAAGAAGCUUCUAGAUUUUUCUUUCAAUGUCCUUUUACUUUUUACAUACAUUGUUGAAGCCAGACUGUGAAGUCUUCACAAACCUGUACGGUUCUUUCUUCUUCUCCUUCUUCUUUUUCUUCUUCUUUUUUGUUUUUGUUUUGUUUUUGUUUUUGUUUUGGUACACAAGAUACAGAGUAAUGGUUUAAAAAAAAAAGGCGAUCGGCCUGUCAUCGGUCAUAUUGACCAUGCCUUCAUAGUUCAUCUCUCCUAUGGAAACCCACCGAGAACUUUGAUCCAAUUAGAAUUGUGAGAAUACAUCACCUCCACCGUUCUCCCUCUCUGUUUUCCUCCGCAUGUGUGUGACCCAUGGACCUCUCUCCCAAGACCCAUGACGACAUAUCAUAGUCUAGAUCAAUUUCCCAGCUCUGGUUUCUGUUAUAUUCCAUUGGUGUAGAGAUCCAACGUGAGUGCCCUUCAUGGCCAAUUGUUCCUAAAGAGUAGAGUCUGGAUUCUCCAAGUGUUACUUUUCCAACGGGACUCAGAGAACCCAAAGAUCAGGAGACCACUCAAAGAUCAGGAGACUACUGGAGAGAAACUUGCCUCCAGAUUGAUUAAAAGACAACCAGCAUUGUAUGCAGUUAGCAUUUCACAGUAAAGAUGCAUGCCCCAUGUUAUGCAAAACAACUCUAGCAUGAAAUAAAUUUUGUCUCAUGGUUUCCAUGCCUGCUGUAUAGUCUAAAGCAGAUUUGUUUCUUGAAGCAAUCAGAGGUUUGCAGAGACACACUUCUGAAUCUCAAAUAAAUAUAUUUUCCCAUUAGAAAUAGGACAGUACCUUGACUUUGGUCUGAUUCCAAAAUUGGGGGGAGGGAGGGGAAAGAAAUGAUAUUUUUGGAAAAAAUGCUAUAGUUUUUAAAAAAUGCAACAUCUUGAGCUUUCAUGAGCAGUGACCAGCAUUUCCUGCAAAGACAGAAAUGACCCUUUCUCUCAAUAUUCUCACCCCAUCUCCUCAAUAAUAAAAAGUUGACUUUU